CAGGCAAAUGUUUAUCAUCGCAGCGACUGGAAUGCAAAAAUGAUUUCUCUUGUCUUUCUUCUGCUCAUUGGAGCCGCUUUUGCCACAGAGGAUGACAAGAUCGUUGGAGGGUAUGAGUGUACGUCCUACUCCCAGCCCCAUCAGGUGUCUCUGAACUCUGGAUACCACUUCUGUGGUGGCUCCCUGGUCAACAAGGACUGGGUUGUGUCUGCUGCUCACUGCUACCAGUCCCGUAUUCAGGUGCGUCUUGGUGAGCACAACAUUGCCAUAACUGAGGGUAAUGAGCAGUUCAUCUCUUCUUCUCGUGUGAUCCGUCACCCCAACUACAGCUCCUACAUCCUUGACAAUGACAUCAUGCUGAUCAAGCUGAGCAAGCCUGCCACCCUCAAUGCUUAUGUGCAACCUGUUCCUCUGCCCAGCAGCUGUGCCCCUGCUGGCACCAUGUGUACUGUCUCUGGAUGGGGCGACACCAUGAGCUCCACUGCCGAUAGCAACAAGCUUCAGUGCCUGAACAUCCCCAUCCUGUCCUUCAAGGACUGUGACAACUCCUACCCUGGCAUGAUCACUGACUCCAUGUUCUGUGCUGGAUACCUGGAGGGGGGCAAAGACUCUUGCCAGGGAGACUCCGGUGGCCCUGUGGUGUGCAACGGUCAGCUCCAGGGUGUUGUGUCCUGGGGUUACGGGUGUGCCGAGAGGGAUCAUCCUGGUGUCUACACAAAGGUGUGCCUCUUCAACGACUGGCUGAGCAGUACCAUGGCCACAUUUUGAGUCUGAUCCUAGAUUCAGAUCUACAGCUUUUCUUUUGGCAUCAUCCUGUGCAGUUCAAUACUGAAAAAUAUUGAAAAUGUAACAUUAUUUCAGUGUACUGAGUUUACAUCACGGAAACGUUGAUUGCAAGUGCAAUGCUCACAUUGGUUCCAGUUAAUAAAGCUGUGCAACAUGAACAAUA